CACAAGAACCUUCCACUAUGACUCGCAUAAUUUUUUACAGCCAUCCUUGCAUUUUAAAAAAAAUGAAGAACAAGUCAAUAAAAUACUGAGGUCAUCGCAAGAAUAACCAAUUUUGGACACAAGUCUCCCCCCAUACGUGUAACAACAGUGAAAGUAAUUACAUGUAUAAUGUAUUUGUUAAAUCAAGAAAAGUCGGGGGGUGAAAAGUCUUCCAUAGUGGCUUAUUUCAAGUUACAAACACUUCUGUGGGAGAACAGAGAUCAUUUACACAAAACACUUGGCCGAUGGCUAAACUGACAAGCUUUGUGCUUCUCUUUUUCUCAUGUUUCUUCAUGCGGUAUAUUUGUUCUUCUUAUGCAGAAACAGUGAUAUAUACCCUCAAGCAAGGCGAACAGCUCCGGGACCAGGACACCGAUCAUCUCGUCUCUCAACAUGGCCACUUCAAGUUAGGCUUCUUCAGUCCUGGUGCUUCAAGUAACCUCGGCAUUACCAGUAACCGUUUCUUGGGAAUAUGGUACAGCAAACUACCAGAUCAUCCAGAUGCAGUGUGGGUGGCCAACCCAGAAACUCCGGUUGUCGAUUCAUCUGGAGUAUUUACAUUGGAUAGUGAUGGAAAAUUGAAGAUCAUACAUGGUGGAGGGCAGAUUAUUAUAUCAGAUCCCAAUCAAACAGUUUCUGGUAAUGUGACUGCCUAUUUGAUGGAUACUGGAAAUUUUAUCCUAAGAAAAGUAACAUCAGAUGGAACACCUGGAAACAUUCUAUGGGAAAGUUUUGAUUAUCCAUCCAACACAUUGUUACCUGGAAUGAAGUUAGGCAUGAACCUUAAGACUGGACAUAAUCGAACACUUUCUUCAUGGUUCAGUUAUCAAUCCCCGGUUUCUGGUGCGUUCAGGCUUGGUGUGGACCCCAGUCGCACCAACCGAUUGAUCAUCUGGCGGCGAGAAGUUGUAUACUGGACCAGCGGGAUCUGGGAAAAUGGAAGUUUUCCAAAGGCCCCUGAACUGACAACAAGGACUGAUUUAUUUGAUUUCAAUUUUGUAUCAAAUGAAGAAGAAAAGUACUUCACUUACUCUGUUAAAAACAACUCUACUCUUUCAAGAUGGGAACUGAAUACUUGGGGCCAACUCUUGCAGUCUAUUUUAGCCCCAAAUGGUACUACUUGGGAAACCACCGUUACAAGUCCAUGCAAGUUCAACCCGUAUUACCCAGAUGCAGUGUGCAUAGAGCAGAAGCCCUCUGAAUGCAGGAAUGGAUCUGAGCUACUUGUGCCAACAAGAGGCUACUUAAAUGAUGCUCAAUUUACACAUCAGGAUAAUAAUACUAACUUAGAUCUUAGCGACUGUCACGCUACUUGCUGGAAUGAUUGCACCUGUAUCGGCUACCAAAAUAUACAUACCAAUGGAUCUGGAUGCCUGUUUUUCAAAAAGGGAGCACAUUUUGUCCAGAAUGAUUACUUUGGAGUCAAUUAUCUCAUUAUCAUAGCGAAUAACAGCAGAGAUGGAACGACUACCGAAAAAGGAAGUACACAGAAGAAAUGGUGGAUAUGGUGUAUCGUAGGUAUUAUACUUGCUGUGGCAGUGCUACUUUUAGGCUAUUUCUGCUACACAAGGAAAAGAAAACUUGCAGUCGUGCAACAAACUGACAAGGUGGAAACAAGCCAAGAGCAAGGACUACUUGAGUUGGGAUCUCAAAUUCGAGGAUUGCGUGACAUAUUCAAGCUCAAAACAGGCAGAGGGAGAGGGCAGGAGUUUAAGAUGCUCAGCUUUUCUGAAAUACUGGCUGCAACAGAUGACUUCUCAUUUGCCAAAAAGCUAGGAGAGGGUGGUUUUGGACCGGUCUACAAGGGUGUAUUACCAGAUGGGCAACAGGUGGCAGUAAAGAGACUUGCAAGACAUUCAGGGCAAGGAAUAGAAGAAUUCAUGAAUGAGAUUACACUUAUAGCUGAACUUCAACAUAGUAAUCUUGUUCGGCUUUUGGGUUGUUGCAUUCAAGGAGAAGAGAAGAUUCUGAUAUACGAAUACCUGACAAAUACAAGCUUAGAUGCCUUCCUCUUUGAUUCCACUAGAGUGAAUCUUUUAGAUUGGCAGAGACGCAUCAACAUCAUCGAAGGGAUUGCACAAGGACUUCUUUAUCUUCAUAAGUAUUCUAGAGUUAGAGUCAUACACAGAGAUCUGAAGACUAGCAACAUUUUACUUGAUGAAAACAUGAACCCUAAGAUAUCAGAUUUUGGAAUGGCCAGAAUUUUCGGACAGAAUGAGUCCAGAGCAAAUACGAAUAGAGUUGUAGGAACAUAUGGCUAUAUGUCUCCAGAAUAUGCCAUGAAUGGCAUUUUCUCUGAGAAGUCCGAUGUAUACAGCUUUGGAGUUGUACUGCUGGAGAUUGUGAGCGGCCAGAAGAACACUGUUUUUGUUUCAUCCACUGCUCUCAGCCUUAUCGAACUAGCCUGGGGCUUAUGGAAACAAGGUGACAGUCUAGAGCUAAGGGACCCAUCAAUGGACUCAUGCCCAAAAGAUGAAGUUUCAAAAUUUAUUCAUGUUGGUCUCCUAUGUGUGCAAGAGUAUGCAGUAGAUAGACCUACCAUGUCAGAAGUAAUAUCCAUGCUUACAAGCGAUAUCAUGUUUUUACCUGAUCCAAAACAACCUGCAUACUGUAUUUCAAGAAGUGAAGUUGGGUCAUCACAACCUCAUGGAAGGUCGGAUAUGGGUUCAUCAAAUUGUGUAUCUAUGACUGUGAUGGAAGCUAGAUAAAGAUACUACUUUCACGUUCCAUCAGAUGGUAUUCAUUAUUCAAUAGGGAUCCCACAAAUGCUAUGUGCAUGGGGAGAAUCUUGUUGAAUCUAGGAAGAGUUUGGAUACAUUUUUUUCCAC